UGGCUGCGUCUCUAUCCUUCUGUCUGUCUGUCUGUCUGUCUGUGUGUCUGUCCGGUGAUGCACGCUCACCGGUGCCGGCUGCAGGCGUGCCCACAGCAGCGUACAGGACGCGGUCCGACCCGUUUAUCACCGCUCGACAAACUUUGUAUCCGUCAUGUUUGACAGUGCGAGAGCGUAAAGGAUGCUCACAGACAUGAUUGUGGACGAAGAAUUUGAGAUCAAGGAGGAGGAACCGUGGUACGACAAGCAAGACCUUGAACAUGACCUGCAGCUGGCAGCCGAGCUCGGGAAGACCCUCCUGGAGAGGAAGGAGCUGGAGCAGGGGCUGCAGCAGAUGUACUCCACCAACCAGGAGCAACUGCAGGAGAUCGAGUACCUGACGAAGCAGGUGGACCUCCUCAGGCAGGUGAACGACCAGCACGCUAAAGUGUACGAGCAGCUGGACGUGGCGGCCCGGGAGCUGGAACAGAACAACCGCAAACUGGUUCAGGACAACAGGACGGGCCAGCAGAAGAUCCAGGGGCUGAUGGAGACGGUGGAGGUGCUGCAGACGCAGGUGGAGGAGCUGCAGCAGCAGGUGGAGCAGCUGAAGCUGGGUCCAUCGCAGUCUCAGAAGCAUGCACACAGAGAUAAGUGGCCCCCACGCGGCUCCCAGAGUGUGUGUCUGACAGAGCUACAAAACACACUCAGGUAUGACUACGACGCUGAAGAAGCUUCAGAUGAUUUUGAGUCCUCAAAGGAGUCGUGGCGCGAGGAGGAGCAGGCGUCACUACGGCAAUCCCUCCGCGCGCUGCAGACUCAGUUUGCAACUGAGCGCGCGCGACGGGAGGCGUCCGAGCGAGAGGCCGAGAUGCUCGCCGGUGAAAAUGCAGCGCUGGAACAGCAGGUGUCAAAGAUGGAGGGAUGUCAGGUCAGAGUGUCCGAGCUGGAGCACGAGGCUGAAGAGCUCCGUCAGCUCUGGAAAUCAGAGUCUUCCAAAAAAUCCACCAGGCCGGAAGUCCUCCAUACCCUGCUGUCCAACUCGAUGUUCCUGAACCCAGAGGACGAGGGUGAAGGGGAGUCUGCUGUACCUAGGAGCCCCCGGAUCCUGAAGCGUUGUGACAGCGAGCGGCUCCUGAAGUUGACCCAGAUGCCCGACUCUGCGGACAGGAUCUACGACCACGAGUGCUCCUGCGUGCGCAGAGCAGAGGUGGUGAAGUACCGCGGGAUCUCGCUGCUCAACGAGGUCGACGCCCAGUACAGUGCCUUGCAGGUGAAGUACGAAGAGCUGCUGCAGCGUUGCCAUCAGGGGCCGGAGGAGGAAGAGGACGAGGACAUGCAGAGCCACAAGUCAGUCCAAACUGCAUCCCUCGCUGCUGCCGCCGCCGCUUGUUCUGCUCUGGCUGACAUGGAGGACUUUAAGGACGACUUUCACCAACCGGAAUACAAGGAACUUUUUAGGGAAAUCUUCUCCCGCAUACAGAAAACCAAAGAGGACCUGAUUGAAAACAGAGAGAGACUCUCAGCUGGUGACGUGCCGCCUAUUUUACAUUAACUGCUUCCCAAAAAAAAAAAUGAAAAAAAGAAAGAAAGCAGGACAAACGAAAACCUGCUGCAACAUUUCUAUUUGUCUUCCAGUUCGGAGUUUUUCUGAGACUUUUUUCAGCAGCACUUGAAGCUAACUAAUUCCACUUUUUAGUGCAUCUCUUUUACCCCGAUAGUGAUCUGCGUGCUGAAGGGUUAAGAGAUGAGAGUGAUACAGGAACAGGAGGGGGGCAAACACCAGCAGCUCACGUCUCAGAUGGGACUCAUUUUGCACUGAAACACCCGUGCCUAAUGCUGCCAUCUCGACUGAACAAUCACUCUACCUCACUCGCUCGGCAAAAACCCCGUUCUGAGACAAGAUCCCCACAAGAUUUUUGUAUUAGUUUAAUUUUUUUUUAAGGAUCCUAUCAUUUCCUGUAAAAGACUUGACAACUCUCCUGCAGGUAGCAUGAGAGCGGUUAACGUAAAAGUAAGAUUCUCUAUUUAAAACGGGCAACAACAGCUUUUUUUUGCCAAUUAUUGUAGAUAUGUUGAACCUAUUAUGAAACAGUUGCUUAUUCACACAUCUUACAGCUUGAGAGGAACAUAAAUAUGACUACCUUAGAGCCUUAUGUCCACCUGGUGAAUGUAAGUUACAUAUUCAGUGUCUUUUGCUCUAGUUUUGGUCUCCACCAACUCCUGGGGGCUAAGCUAAGCUAAUUCUAAGCUGUGUUGUAGCUGCUCUUUGAGGUUGUCGUCCUAUAAGCUCUGAACAUGAAGUUGUCAGUGAGUUUUCAAGCAAUUUCCUCUAAGAACGACAUCACUAGAGCUGCGAGAGUGAACCAGAACAGUGAGGCUGUGUGCCAGACAGCUAAACAACAAGCUAACGGUCACUAUGACGCUCUUUGAAGGCCCCACAUUCAGCUGAGUCAUCUUCCCUUUCACAGCGACAUGUUGUUUUCAUACAGCCGUUUAAUGAACUGUGUAGAAAUGAUUGAUUAUAGCUGCUUUAUGCCCAUUCUUUACACCCAAUAACUUCUCCCAAAUCACAUAACUGUCACCGGGAAACUUAAAAAAAAGAAAAAAAGAAUGAAGGAUCCGUAAAGUCAAACAUGACGACUGUAUGUGCUGUUUGCUUUGUUUACUUUUUUUUUCCUUUGCAACUUUGAAAUCAAAAAAGAAGAACCUUCCUCUGUGAUGGUUUUGCCUGCGCCUAUAAGAGCAAUAUAUGCAAGAAUGUCGGACAUGUUUUUGGUGAUGGAGUUGAUAUAUAUUAUCUGGAAUCGGUGAUUUACGGUGCUAUAAAGUGAUUUUUGUAACUGUGACUUAUAUUCUCAAUAAGUUUACUUGAUUACUGUAUGAUAGGUUAGACGUAUGUGAGUGAAUGUGAUAUUAAAAUUAGGAGGUCUACUAAAGGACUGAACAUGCGUACUUGAUCAUAUAAAUGUAUUUACUGGGCCUCGUGAAGGAUUGUAUGAUUAGAAGCUUUCCUCCUCAUGCUGCCUGAUGUUUGCGUGUUCAGCUUCAUACUGUGCACAUAGUUUGUCUUAAGAUUCACUUUGAGAAGCACUUUAGGGUUGCACAUGUCAGAUGUUCUCUGACACGUUCAGUUUCUGUCACAUGUAGUUCUUAAAAAAAAAAAAAAAAGAUGAUGUUCACGAGUAAUCUGCAGCAUAUAUGUGUGUAUGUGUGUGCGCCCAAUGUGUUUUUAAGUGAGUCAUGAUUGGACAUCAUGUUUGUUGUUCUGAGCCAUAAAAGGUGAAGCAGAGA